CUGGUCCAGCAGCAGCGGUCACUCUCAGCACCAGGGUGGAAACCAGCAGAAGAGAAGAAGACUCAAGAACUGACCUCGAUAGGACACUAUGGCCUCUACCCUCUCCAUGCGCAGCUACUCCAUACGCCAGCCCUCCUCCUCCAGCAUGUCUGUGAGGGACAGCGGACGCAGCAUCCGUUCCAAGCCUUCCGCCUCUCCUCUGUCCACCAUCAGCACCCUCUCCCUGUCCCGCUCCGUCUCUGUGGGUAACGGCCUCAACAUGCUGGGCUCCAGCCUCAACUACAACGGCCUGGGGGUCGGCACCUGCGAUAAGGAAACCAUGCAGUGCCUGAACGACCGGCUGGCCAACUACCUGGACAAGGUGCGCUCGCUGGAGAGGUCCAACGCUGAGCUGGAGGUGAAGAUCAAACAGCUCAUGAUGGAUAAGGCUCCAAAAGGUCAUGACAUCGAGGGGAUGAUGGCCCAGGCACAUGCCAUCGGGCAGCAGGUGAGAAAGAAGACGCUGGAGAACGCUCGUAUCAUGCUGGAGAUUGAUAACGCCAAGCUGGCAGCCGAUGACUUCAGGGUCAAGUGGGAGGCGGAGGCCACCUUGUGCCAGUCGGUGGAGAGGGACUGUCAGGCUCUGCGGAGAGCAAAGUCUGACCACGACCAGAUCAUCGCUACACUGCGAGGAGACCUGGACAGCCUGAAGGAGGAGCUCUACUUCCUCAAGAAGAAUCACGAAGAGGAGAUAAGCUCCCUCAAGGCUCGUCUGGCCAACGAGCAGGUGAACGUGGAGGUGGAUGCGGCUCAGAGUCCUGAUCUGGGGGCCACGCUGGCCGAGCUGAGGGUCCAGUAUGAGGGCAUCACCCGCAAGAACAAGGAGGAGGCUGACACCUGGUACCUCAAGAAGUUAGAAGCAGUGCAGUCUGAGGUCAAAGAAAGCAACGAGGCUUUGCGUUGUGCCCAAACUGAGCUCAGUGAGAGACGACGCUUCCUGCAGGCUCUGGAGGUCGAGCUCGAUAGCCUUCGCAAACAGGUCAGUGUGUUGGAGGGAAACCUGGGUGAAACUGGGCACAAAUACUCGGUGGAGAUGGACCGUCUUCAAUCCACACUGACCCAGCUGGAGGACGAGCUGUCUCAGCUGCGUCUGGACAUGCAACGCAACAAAACCGACUACGAACAGCUGCUGCGCAUCAAACAGAACCUGGAGAUGGAGAUCGCCACCUACAGGAGGCUGCUGGAAGGGGAGGAAAUGGUGAAGGAAAUAAUUACACCCCCUAAAAAAGACCCUGAUGUAAGGACCAGGAAGAUUGUAAAAGUCGUCACUCAGACCAUGAUCAAUGGUAAAGUGGUGGAUGAGUCCAGUGAGGUGGAGCAGAUCGAAGAACGUAAAAAAUGAACCACAGCUUUUGCAGAGAAGAAGCCGUAAAUGUGCUGACGGCUCGUAACUACAUCUCACAGUCAAAACUAGUAUGAGGACUUUUUGUCCUUUUUAUGUCGAACUAAACGUUUUAAGGUCAAGAAUGAGCAACUCCGUCUUCUUAAAAGAAAUAUUUUGUCAUUUUAGUAAAUGUGCCUUUUAGCCUUCUUGCCAAGAGUUAGAUGCUAAGAUAUGUCCAGUGGUAAAACAAUCUGCCCUGAACCUGAGCAUUUCCAAAAAAAUGACAAUCUGUUUCCUUUAGAACAUAGAAAGUUACAAUAACAAUAAUUAUAAUUAUAAUUUGAAAAUUGUCUGUACUGUAAACAAAUGUUUCUAGAAAACAACUCUCUCUUGCAACAGUAUCGACUGUAUUUGCAUGAUUUUCUUUUUUUGGACUGUAAGAAAUAUUAUGUGCGAAUUGUGACAUAGUUUUACUAUAGAAAUAAGCAAAUCAACCAAAGCCGAUGUACAGUGU